AAACAACGUGAUCCAGGAAGCGGACUUUGGAGGAGGAGCCGGCCUGUGCGAGUCAGGUUGAGAACUCAACCCGGGUAAGGGCAGCAGGAAAUAUCGAGGCUGCCAUUUAGGAGCGAAACACAAAAACGGAUAUAUAUAUAUAAGGGUGAAAGCGAGUUACUCCCGCAAAUAUUUUUGGAUUCCUGUAGUAAUUAGGAUACCUUGUGAACGAAGGGCACGUAAAGAAACCUGAAACGGAGAGGGUGGAAACUAAAGUGGACAGCUGGGGCAACGGCCGCUGAGAGUCAGGCAGCAGAGCGGGAGCAGGCUUGGUGAGGGAGGAUGAAGAGGUUCCGGCGACAUGGGCACGAGUCGCAGCGGGACAGGCUAAAGCAGGAGCUCUACCAGUUCAACAAGACUGUGGAACAUGGAUUCCCCCACCAGCCCAGUGCUCUGGGUUACAGCCCUACCCUGCAGCUCCUGGCCAUCGGUACUCGUUCCGGCGCUAUCAAACUGUACGGGGCUCCGGGAGUGGAGUUCAUGGGCCUCCACGACGAGAACGCCACAGUCACUCAGGUGCACUUCCUCCCACAUCAGCUUGAGAUGGUGACUCUGCUGGAUGAUAACAGUCUGCACAUGUGGACGCUGCGGGCACACCAGGGCGUGUCCGAGCUGCUGGAGAUCGGCCGCUUCACACUGACCGGCCCGCCAGGCGCCCCCCCGAGUGUGACGCGGGUAACUGCAGUGCUGGCGCACUCGUCCGGGGAGCUGCUCCUCCUGGGCACGGAGGGAGGCCACGUGUUCGUGGUGGAGGUGCCCGGCUUCAGGGAGCUGGAGGAGCGCAAUAUCAGCGUGGAGGAGGUGCAGAACAGUGUCCCAGAAGACUACGUGGGCCGCAGGAACCUGGAGAGCGUGGAGGCCCUGCAGGAGAACCCGCUGAACCCGCGGCAGGUGGUGCUGGGGUACGGCCGCGGCCUCAUGGUGCUGUGGGACCUGGACGGCAAGCGCGCCGUGCAGCUCCUCCAGGGCACGCAGCAGCUGGAGAGCGUGUGGUGGAUGCCGGACGGAGGCCAGAUCAUCAGCUCUCACAGCGACGGCGGCUUCUGCCGCUGGACGGUGACCGGGAAGGGCUCGCUGCAGGAGCCCGACGAGCAGGACACGCCCUACGGCUCCUUCCCCUGCAAAGCCAUCUCUAAGAUCGUGCAGCUGCCCAACGCAGAAGGGCCCCCGUUCCUGGUCUUCAGCGGUGGGAUGCCCCGCGCCAGCUAUGGGGACAGGCACUGCAUCUCCAUCAUCCACGGCAAGACCCACGUAGCGCUGGACUUCACCUCCCGCAUCAUCGACUUCUUCAUCAUCACAGACGAGAAGCACAGAGGUGAGCCAUGCCCGCUGGUGGUGCUGGUGGAGGAGGAGCUGGUGGUGGUGGACCUGCUGACGGACGGCUGGCCGGUGAUCCAGACGCCCUACCUGGUGCCGCUGCACUGCUCGGCCAUCACCUGCUCCCACCACGUCUCCUGCAUCCCCCUCAAGCUGUGGGAGCGGGUGCUGGCGGCCGGGGCGCUGCAGAGCACACACUACUCAGGCAGGCUCUGGCCCGUGAAUGGAGGGCAGAACCUGGCUCCAGACCCCCCUCAGAGGGACCUGCUGCUCACAGGGCACGAGGACGGGACGGUGCGCUUCUGGGACGCCUCGGGGGUGUGCCUGUACCCCAUGUACAAGCUGGGCACGGCGGGGGUCUUCCACACCGACGCCGACUUCAACGACAACAUGAACCAGGGCGCCGACGGGGAGUGGCCGCCGUUCCGGAAGGUGGGGAACUUCGACCCCUACAGCGACGACCCUCGCCUGGGCAUCCAGAAGAUCCACCUGUGCAAGUACAGCGGCUACCUGGCCGUGGCCGGCACGGCAGGGCAGAUCCUGAUGAUGGAGCUGAACGACGAGCCGGCCGAGCAGGUGGUGGAGGCCUCGCUGGUGGACCUGCUGCAGGGCCAGGAGGGCUUCCGCUGGAAGGGCCACGCCCGGCUGGAGGUGCGGGAGGAGCCGGUCACCUUCCCGCCCGGCUUCCAGCCCUUCGCCCUGGUGCAGUGCCAGCCCCCCGCCGUGGUGACGGCCCUCUCCCUGCACUCCGAGUGGAAGCUGGUGGCCUUCGGCACCAGCCACGGCUUCGGCCUGUACGACUACCUGCAGAGGAGCCCCGUGCUGGUCCGGUGCACGCUGAACCCCAGUGACCAGCUGGCCAUGGAGGGCCCUCUGUCCCGUGUGAAGUCCAUUAAGAAGUCCCUGCGCCAGUCCUUCCGCCGGAUCCGCCGCAGCCGCGUGUCCAUGCGCAAGCAGCACGCCAACAACGCAGCCAAGCUGCAGGAGCUGAACGCGAGGCUGGAGGCGGAGCUGCAGGAGAUGGAGCUGGCUCCGGUGCAGAGGAAGAUCGAGGCGCGCUCCUCAGACGACUCCUUCACCGGCCUGGUCCGCACACUCUACUUCGCCGACUCCUUCCUCAGCGACGCCGCCCACAGCACUCCUUCGCUUUGGGCGGGCACCAAUGGCGGCAGCGUCUUCGCCUACAUCCUCCGCAUCCCCCCCGUGGAGCGCAGGACCGAGGAUCCCGUCACAGCCCACCCCGCGAAGGAGAUCCAGCUGAUGCACCGCGCGCCGGUGGUGGGGCUGGUGGUGCUGGACGGGCACGGUGCCCCUCUGCCGGAGCCCCUGGAGGUGGCCCACGACCUGUCCCGCAGCCCCGACAUGCAGGGCUCGCACCACCUGCUGGUCGUCUCGGAGGAGCAGUUCAAGCUGUUCACGCUGCCCAAGGUGAGCGCCAAGAUGAAGCUGAAGCUGACGGCGAUGGAGGGCUCGCGCGUGCGGCGGGUGGGCGUGGCCUGGUUCGGCAGCAGCCGGGUGGAGGAGUACGGGGAGAGCGGGCUGGUGGUGCUGACCAAUCAGGGCGACCUGAACGUGCUGUCGCUGCCCGGCAUCAAGAUGCAGGUGCAGUACCCCUGCAUCCGGCGCGAGGACGUCAGCGGCAUCGCCUCCUGCGUCUUCACCAAGCACGGCCAAGGGUUCUACCUGAUCUCCCCGUCUGAGUUUGAGCGCUUCUCCCUGUCCGCCCGCUGGCUGGUGGAGCCCAGGUGCCUGGUGGAGGUGCCCCCUCGCCCCUCCGCCUCCGCCCGCGGUCCCCUGCCCCGGUCGGAGCCCGACGGGGUGCCCACGGAACGCAGCGGUCACAAGAGUGCCGGUGGAGGUGGUGAGAGCUCUGCCAGACGAGUAAUGGAGCAUGCUUUGCUGAAUGACGAGCAGGUGCUCCAGGAGAUCCAGAAAUCUCUAGAAGGAGAUCAGAUGACGUACCUGGAGAAUAAUAUGAAGGGCUUGUCGGCAGGAGGCAUGGUGAUGAGCAACGGAGAAUGAGCCGCCCAUUGCUGUGCCUGAAAGACCCUGGGAUCUGCCAGCAACGCCAACGACACUAUUAUUAGCACCACUACUGAACCCUUACCCUGCUCCGGGAGGGGGCCUCGCUGACUCAUUGCUACUGUACUGGGAGGAGGGGGAGAGGGACGACCGCCUGUGCCUCUGCCAACCGCUGUACCUCUGCCUGCCUUCCAUAGCCACCCUGCUGUUUGCCCUCCCGCGACCUUCGACCCCCUCGCUCCUGAUCCCCACCAGCAGGGUCCAGUUUGCACAUCAUGAACCCUCCACCCCUGUCUUCUGUUUUUAGAGACAGGAAAACGGGGUCAUUGAGGAAUGUUAUUAUUUUUUUCUAAAGGGGAGCACCUACUUCAAUGAUUAGUUUAUUAUAAUUUUUUUUAUUCUGCAGUGCGUUUGAUUUGACCUGUGUAAUUUCUCUGAAGACUAGUCCUUUUGAUUUUAAAUGCCAAAUCCAAGAUGACUGGCUUAACAAGGGAAAAGAAGAGAAUGCAGGGGCAUAUUUUCAUUUAGCAAAAGAACAAUGCUGAAAUAAGCAUGAUGUGCUUAAGUGUGAAGAAAUACGGGGUUGAAUAUGAAGCGUAUUAGAAAUGAAUUUCAAAGUGUACACAUGAGAAACUACUUACAAACCACUUGUGUAAAACUCUGGGCAGUAUUCACAAAGCAUUAGUUUUCCAUUCCAGAGCCUUUACUGUCCUUGCAAGUGCACCUGUGGUUCAGUAGUGCAGUCAAUAGAUCUUAAGUCUUUGAGGUACUUUUCUACUGUGUAGCAUAUUUUUUGACUUUCUAUGGGAACAACUUUCUACUGGGUUUUUUUUAAUGUAAACAAUGGACAAUGUAAUUUAGGAAUGUAAUUUUUAAAUAUUGUAGUCAAAUGUUUAAUAUAUAUGUAUAUUAAAAUUGUUCCUGUUUUUAUGGAUGGAUAAUUUUAAGGGGGGUUGGCUGCUAUAUUCUAAUGACAAGGAAAUAUUUUGGUACUGUUUCUUGAAAUGCUGGGUAUUUUUUAGCAUUUUUUUUUUUCGUUUAGAUUAUAUUUUUGUAGCGAAUCAACGAGUAUGAGAACCCUAAUUGUGACAUGUAACUUCACACUACAGUACAUCCUGCUGCAAGAGUAAACCUUUUCACAAAAA